AUGGACAGUCGCAGCUCGUCUCCCGACUUGGACCCCGUGGCGGGCAUCACGGAAGACCUCGUCUCCCUCCCGGCAUCCAAGGUCGCCGGCGACACAAACAUCGACUUCGACGGCCUCCUCGCACAGCCCAUCAAGCUCCGCGAGGACGUGCGGACGGGCUGCGGAGGGCAGACGUGGCCGGCGGGCAUGGUGCUGGGGAAGCACAUGCUGCGCUAUCACAGGAGCGAACUCGCAAACGCGCGCAUACUGGAAUUGGGCGCGGGCGGUGGGCUGGUCGGAUUGGCUGUAGCGGCUGGGUGUGACCUCCAAGCGCCACUCAUCUUAACCGACCAGGAUGUGAUGCUGGAGCUGAUGAGGCACAAUAUCCAGCUGAACAAGCUCGAGAGCAAGGCCACGGCCUCAAUCCUGGACUGGGGCGAGCCAUUACCAGAGGCCGUAGUGGCGCACAAGCCAGACGUGAUAUUGGCGGCAGAGUGCGUCUACUUUGAGCCGGCCUUCCCGCUUCUCAUGCAGACGCUCAAGGACCUGUUUGAGCUCAACGAGCACGCCGUGGUGUACUUUUGCUUCAAGAAGAGGAGACGAGCCGACAUGCAGUUUGUCAAGGCUGCCAAGAAGGCCUUUGUGGUCGAGGAGAUUUUCGACGAGGACAGGCCCGUGUUCCAGCGGGAAUCGCUAUUCCUCUUUACCUUUAGGAAGCGGGCGUCAGGUGGCACCACGUCGACCAAGAAGAGAGCCCUGGCAGCCAACCAUGAAGUACAAAUCGCGAGCUGA